UAUCAUAUCUUCUUUCAGGCUCGUAAUAAAGAACAAGAAGCCGAGAUCCUCGCCUGGAUCGAAGCUGUGUUAGGCGAAAAGCUCCCGCCAGGAAACUACGAGGACAUUUUGCGGGACGGUGUGAUCCUUUGCAAUUUAAUCAACAAACUUGCACCCGGAUCGGUCAAGAAAAUUCAAUCUAAGGGCACCAAUUUCCAGCUUAUGGAAAACAUUCAAAGAUUCCAAGCGGCGAUCAAAAACUACGGUGUCCCGCAAGAAGAAAUUUUCCAGACUGCGGAUCUCUUUGAAAGACGUAACAUCCCUCAAGUCACCCUCUGCCUGUACGCCCUAGGCAGAAUCACGCAGAAACAUGACUGGAACGGGCCAAGAUUAGGACCGAAGAUGGCGGACGAGAACAAGAGAACCUUUACCGAGGAUCAGCUUCGUGCUAGCGAGGGCCAACUGAAUCUUCAAAUGGGAUACAAUAAGGGUGCCAGCCAGGCUGGUCAUGGUGGUUUCGGAAAUGUUCGACAUAUGUAAAUUGUUUUUUAUAGAAAAUAAUUAACACACAUCUGUAUCUUAUACGUCUACAACGACUGGUUAGACUAUCGAACACGGAGUAUGAUACAAUAAAAACAUUGAAAUAAGCCGCA